GGGACUAGCGUAGGGGGUCUACUGAAUGAGAGCAGUCACUGGAUUCGUCUGAUACCAACGCAAGCCACCCAGACUACCUACUCCUGUCCAUCAUAUUUGACUUUUGGGGACGUUUAGGGCACAAACAGAACAAGACCACCUCUUUUCCUCCUGCUGUCCCCUUCCCCUUUCCUUCCUCGCGGAUUCUUCAGUGAGAGAAAUCCUGCAGAAAUGGCUCAGAUACUGCCGAUACGAUUUCAGGAACAUCUGCAGGUAAGCAGACACUGAAAAAAAGCUCUAAAAUGAAAUUCACCUUCUUUGUUUUUGUGUGGGUCCUUUCUCACGGAGACCCGCACGCGCUCGGCACAUGUCGCAUUUAAAGGGAAUGUGAAAUAGGGCUGCAGGGUGGUGCUCAAUAUAGCCACAGGCCUAGUUUUCUCCUGCCGGGCAGAUGAUGACUUGUAAAAAUUGACCAGUCAGAUCGUAUACAGCAGCUCCAAUGCGGACCGGUGUGUUUGUGUAUCUGUGUGGACACAUUGCAGCUUUCUCCCCUUCCUGUGUAAAAAACCUCGCUGUCAUUUUCAAUCCACGCUUAUUCCAACUGCGGUGUUUGGACACUUUUAUGUUGCAGGCGACUGAGCUCAGCUGUUGGUGCUUACAUUGUAACCGAGACCUGACUGGCACUUGCACUCAGGCUUUUGUGGCUACCAUGUUGUUGUCAUGUCCUGCAGCAGCAUAUUCCCACUAUGUAACCUUCACCAGCAACACUGCCCAGUAGCCUGUGUGCAAGAGUCCAGACCCUGAGAAGAGGUGGGCAAUAACCAUUAUAAUAAUAUGAUAAUGUAAUAAUCAUUUAAUGCUGUUUAAGGCAGAUUUUUAAAGGCCGGAACAGGCUCAGUGGGAGAGCCGCAACACUCAUAAGCUCAUAUGAAGUUGAGUUUUGUGUUGCAGCAGCAGUAUUUUAUUGAUCUGAUGUGUCUCUGUGCUCUGCUUGUGCUGUUCUCAUACCACAGGAGCAUCUGUGCAGUUUCAAAACCAUCAACAUGACAGGGUAGCAAAGGCUGCGUAGUCUCUUUUAGCCAGCCCCUUAAGGUGGAAAAAACAACACAAAAUGCCCUUUUUAUAAUCUGUGGAAAAAAGGAAAACGAGCAGCCACUUAUUUGGGCGUCGGUGGAGGAACUGCUGCCUACUAUGACCCCCCUUUUCCCCUCUGCUUUGGACUUUGAUAAUGGUUGUCCCGUUGCAGCCCCAGUUCUGGGUGUCUUGCAGCCAAAAGAGAAACUUCUGUGACGCACCCCUUCACUACCCCUCCUCUGUGGCUUGUUGUUAUGGUAACAGCAGGCAGUGAAAUGGCCUUUCACUAAAGCACAGGGCCCCCACCCCCUCUCUUCCUCUGGCCAGUAGCCCCACUUUCGUCAGCCAAAGAUCCUUUAUUCACUAAAAACUCUGCUAGCCAAGGGAGCUUGCAGCCCAGCAGGCUCCUCUCCUCUUGAUAGGACUGGUGCAUGGUUGUCUAAUGAUGGAGGGCAGUCAGUACCUGGCAACGCCUGGGUAAUAGGUUCAAAUAGCUCUCAGCAGUGCAUACCUUUCUCUUAUACAUCUUCUAAGGAAAUCUCGGCCUUGAGACAGUGAUAAGCAACAGACGGCUUUACGUUCCACCUCUACCGUGAAAUCCCAGCUCUGCCCCUCUCAUAUCCCUCUGUGAAUCUAGGUGGCUCCAGCAGAGUGAAAAAUGCUUGGAAUUUGCAAACCCAGGACUUUGGGCCUCAAGUUGUUUAGCUUUUUUUUUUCCUUCUUGGCCUGGUAUUUACAGCUCAGUGUCUGCAGUCUGUGCUGGGGGUUCAGGAGUGAAACUUGGACCUGGAUUUAUGAUGAGAUACUGGCCUGUUGACCUCACGGUUGCAGGAAAUAAAGAGAAAAACCAAUUCUGCAAACAUCACAGUUAUUCAGCUUGAAGAAGAGAAACCAUAGAGAUGCCUGAGACAGUAUUGAAAAUCCUGAUCCCAGUUUGUCCCUUUGUUCUACAUACAUGUACCCCUUUGAUACAAGUGAAUGACCAAGACCAGAAUGUAGGUUAUGUCUGUGAGCCUGUAUUGAUGUGAUGUAUGACCUGAACCAGUACCCUGAAAAAACCUGACCACAAACAUGGUAAGUCCAUGUUAGCUUCAGCUCGGAUGGUAUCAUGAGUGCUGGAGAAAUUAAGUUUUUUAUUGUAUAUAGAAAUGUUUUAUUUCUCCUUUAUGUCAGUCAUAUCUUAUGUUACUGCUUUGUGGACUACUUUUUUGAAGGAGAGGAUAUGUGUGCGUGGCCGUGUCAUAGAUUGUGAAGCUAAAUGUGGGCUGCAUCACAGGAGUUAAGUUGUGUGGUUCACGUAGUUUGCGGGAUGAAGGAAGACAAGGACAGAGACUGCUGUGCUGAAUAAUGAAAGUGCUAAAGUGAGAGUCAUUUGCAGCUCGUGUGGCUCUGCUGCAGGCUGUCAGUGCAGCAGCCUACGUAUUGUAGCAGCUUGUGUAAGUGCAAAAAUGUCCUGCAGCUCAAAGCGCCUGGUCAUUGUCCCACUGAGCUGAGUUAGGAGAGUUGAACCUGCGGCUCUGCGGCUGUUUACAGCAUCCUGAUGUGCUGCCGUAUCUGUACUGAUGAAAUGAUGCCCAACCAUUGGAAGUGAUGGACAGAAGAGGGAAGCAGGUCCUAUUUAAGUCCUGCAAAUCACAUCAGGAGCAGGAAGCAGGCGGAGAGAAGCGUGUAACUUGGUCUAACAGCACACAUCUGUGACCGCAGCAGUGGCUGGUAGCGAUGAGGAUGAGCGUCUGUGUUCGGUCACCAAAACUUCAUCAUGAAUGCACUGAAAGAGCGCUCAUUCACACAUACAAUACGCACAUUGUGUCCCUCUGCCAUGUUCAGUGACUCACAAACUAAUAACCGUUACAAAAUUUAGGACAACUGACUCGAGGCUGAAACUACCAGUUAGAUUGAUCAACAAAAUCCAUUUUUACAUCAUUAUCUAGUUUAAUUAAAGUUUCCCUUUUUAUUAGGAAUCUAUAACUCAUCAUAUCAUGAUCUAAAAAUGAUCCUGUAGUUUUGUAGAGCCCAGGGCAACUGAAUCAGACUGAUCUUUUUAAGCAUGUAGCUGUGCAAAUAUGGACAUAUUCACUUUACUAUCAUGCAUGAAACAGAUUAUACUGAUUUUUUUAAUACCGUGAACAUCAAACAAUGACACUAUUUCACUUUUUAUUAGUAAACCGGAAGACUAAGUUCACAGUGAGCUGGAAGAUACAGAAACCUUGAGAAGUAGAGAGAAAUCAUUUUGGGUGUAGAGAAAAUCCUUAGUGUGUUUUUCACACCAUGUGACCUUGUUGACAUGAACACUAUCUGAUUUUCAUAUUCACCCUCUUUAUCAUCAUAAUUGUUUUGAUUAUGUCAGAUUUACUCCUGACUUGUGUUUCUUUUUUUGAACUCUGGUGCACACACAUAAAAACAUCUUAUUUCCACAUUUUUACAUGUUCUGAUGAAUAUUUCCUCGGCGGUGUGGAGUAGCGACACUUGCUCGUGUUUUUGCUGCAUUCCCCGGUUUAAAUUGUUUGUGUAAAUCUCCUCAUGAACCUAAAACCCUUCAGCUGCUGAUGCGACGUGUCAGUGUCUCAGCGGAGCAUCCACCCAGUGUAUGACUCACCAUAUACUGUCAGGGCUGUAUCAUCAGGGAAGCUUUUGUUAUUGUUGUAUUAAUGCUCAUUCUGUGAUUGUUCCUCUCAGCUGUGAGGGGAGAAGACUUCUAGCAGUCUGCCAUGGGCCUGAAGAUGUACGACUUGAGGUUGUAGUUGAGGUGUGAUUUUAGUCUGGAAUGUUCCACUGAGGAGCGUGGGGUGGUUUUUCUUCCGGUGAGUCAGUUGCCCCACCCAGAACCGUAAAUUGCCAAAGGCCUGUGUUCCUGGAACUGCACAGCACAGACCCAGCUCCUCAUCUUCCUCUCUAAUAAACGGUGCAUUUAUCACUCUGGCCUCUUCUUCACACUGGUUGUCUCCUCUUACACCCCCCCUUCCUCUGGCUUUCAGGAGGAUGCUGGUCUAUGUCUUCCACUCUUCCUUUCACUCCUUUACUUAUCUCCUUUCCUUGUUAUCUUUAUUGUGCUGUCCCUCCCCUCUUCUUCCAGAGACAGUCGGGCAGUCUUGAGGAGAUGCAGCAUAUGGCUUCAAUCUCCCCUCAGGUCAUGUUAGGCCUUUUCACGACGCCUACAGCUUUCACGUUCAUAUAUCUCCCUAAAGACCUGUUGUACGUUAUUAUAAGAGCAUGAAGCAGACAUGGUGGUAUGACUGUGCACUCUGAAAGCAUGGAAAAUGUUUGGCAAGCAUAUGUCAUACAACUGAAAUUUUGCAGGGCUGUAACUGGCUGUAGUUUUGACUGUUGUUUACAGUUUUACUUUGUAAAUUAAAGACCACUGCUUAAAAAUGUGAUGUUCAGCUUAAAUACAAUCAAGACAAAUAUGAACUUCUUUCAAUUUCUUCUUUCAAUAUAAAGUUUUAGUUCCAGCUUUAACUCAGUGUUUAAAACUACAGAACACGUCUGGAUAAUCUGUAAAGGAUGACAAAAACACAAAAAGUGUAAAACUGAGGCUGAGGCUCAGUAUAAUGUUGAUAUCAUAUUGUGUUUUUUUUAUUAUAUUUAAUUUUGGUUUUGCUUUUUUGGCAUCUCAUCCUGCACUGCCAUGUUUCUACAGCAGCUCAGAGCAGACAAACUAGUGAGGGCGACUGCAGAAGAAUAUAAAGAGCGUGUUCAUUAUUACUUGCAAAAUUUUUUUUAUUAAUUUAUGUUUUUGAUGAUAAAAACAAGACAAAUAGAUAUCAUACUUAUACUUAUCAUGCAUUAUAAGAGCUUUUUGUCCUUGUGGGCCACCGUCAUUUCCUGAAGUUCACAACAAUAGAAGAGGUGAGCAAGGGAGCAUUUCAUCUCAAUUAUGACCCUGGAUAUAGCUAAAUAUAACAACUUCUACCCUUUUUAUCUUUAAAAAUUAUGAUAUUAAAGCUUCUUUUUUUGCUAUUGAACUUCGGUUGAGUUUCAGGCAGAGCUUUUAUGGGUCAUAAAACCGGAACAAUGAGCUAAAAGAGGAUAAAAAGCUCCAUAAAUCUCAGAGGAACAGCUGCUUUGACAUGAAGUUUAUUUCUUUAAGGCAAUUUUUAAAAAAUGGACAUCACAGUGAAUCUUUAAAUUUAAUUCCACCGUAAAUGAAAAUGUUGAUCCCACGUUCUUGGAUAUAAUCAGUCAUCGUCCUUCAUUUGCUUAAAAACAGCCCCUCUCAUUGGACCCUUCCCUCGCUUCAACCCCAACUGAUGUGACAUCCUUCCUGUUUUGUAGACGACAUGAUUUAAAUGUCUCAGCGGUGGGGAUUUGUUGUCCUGCUCUCCCAGCCAACAGCUAGAUAGUGCAGUCCUUGUGAUGAGCGUAAGGAUUCCUUUCCGCUUGCUUCAGACUGCAUAAUGCAGUCAGUUCAGUCAUCAGGGGGAGAGUGCGUGUUCUGCCCUGUCCUCUCACUUCACAGUCACUUUGACAAUGUGCACAAUCAUUCCUCUGUUCAGCAGCCGCUAACCUUGCUGUAGUCUUUCAUGUUUGUUAGUUCUGCUUAGAUUUCACACAGCAGAAAUUGACAUCAGCCGGAUCUUUGGGUUGUUAUUAUGUCCUGAAUCGUCUCCUCGUUAGGAAAGUAAACAUGCUGAAUAAUGGAUUAAAAUUAGCUGCUGGUGCUUUUUUUGAGAUUCAGAUUUAUUCCUCAUGUGUAGAAGUUGGUCUCCGUCAGGUCUUUUAUUUGUUUUUCACCACCUGAUGGAGGCUGAAAAAUCCAUACUAAUUAAACAUCCUAUCAGCUAGAAAGCUAACAUCCAUGCUAAAUGUGCUGCUUGUUCAGGUUUAAUCACAGAUGCUGCUUGAAUGAAAUAAAAGUUCUGAUCUUCUAAGUAACGUUGAAAUUAAAUAAGACAUUAGUGACAAUAAAAGUUAAAAACAGACAAACUCCACUUAACUGUUGAGUGUAAGGUGAAAACUAAAGCUCUCUAGAGUUCACACCUUCUGCUCUUUGACCUUCUGUUUGGAAAGAAACCUUCAAGAAAAUCCUGGAAAACUGGAGCAGACCUGCUGCUAUUGAAAUUGAAACACAUUUUUGGUCCUCUUCUUGCUGUUUUCUCUCUGGGCAAAGUGUCAGCAGCUGCCAUGAACACUUUCCCCAUGUCUUAUUUACUGUCGUCAGAGGUAUAACCUCUUUUAAUAGUCUUUUAAAAAAGAAUAUUCCACCUUAAGGGUAGUUUGACUUGAAGCUGCAACGUAGGAAACUCUCAGUACUUUAAACAUCAGUAUUUAAUUUAGCAUGUUUUAGCAUGUAAACCUCUUCAGCAGUGAAUCAAGAGCUCAUUACUUUUUCCUUUAUCUUAACUUUUUAACAAAUACAAAACAUGAGUGAGAAUGUAUGGAGCCCCUGAAGGGACAUGGAUAAAAAAUAAAAAUUUUUGCGGGAUCUUGCAAAAUGUAUUGCGAGCUCUUGUUAUAGUCUUGUAAGAUCUCACAAAACUGUUGCGAGAUCUCGCAAAUGUUGUCUAAGGAGUUAUUGGUCAGUGUAUUACUUCCAUGUCAAUUCAACAAAAAUAUUGAAACGUACACAGCUGUGGGAAAGGUUCAGUGAAUUUUAUUUUAAACUUAUUUUUUGCCCACCUUGUCCUUUUAACAUGCACAUGUCUUCAGGACAUCCUUUCACCGUAAGAAUUCUUUCAAAUUGCCCUCCAUGACUCGUGUUUUAUAAGAAAACAGUGCCUGCGUUGCAGAACUGAUUUAAUAUCUUUUUAUCUGAGGCCAAUCUCAAAAAACAUUCAAUGAACCUCUCCCAUGGAUGUGUGCGUUCCAUCGUUUGGGUUGACUCGACACCGAAGAAGUACACUGAUCUAUAAUCUUUUUACUUAUAACCCUUUGACAACUUUGUGAGGGCUCGCAAUAGUUUUGCCAAAGCACGCAAAAGAUCUUGAGAAAAUCUUUUUUUAUUUUUUUUCUCCUUCAUGUCCCUUUAGGGGCUCCGUAAAAAUCAGCUGUGGAAGUGGUCGGUUAUUUUCAGGGAGCAGUUGCUAGGCAACCAAAAGAUACACCUUGAAAUUAUCCUGUUUAAAAAAGCAAAGUAUUUUUCCCUAGUUAAACAAUGAAAUAUAACAUGUUUAAGUGAGCUUCAAUAGUGCUGGUAGAUAAAUGUUCUCACUCUCAUGACUUGCGUUUGUUUUCCAGCUGCAGAACAUGGGUGUGAACCCAGCCAACAUCGGGUUCAGCUAUCUGACCAUGGAGUCGGACAAGUUCAUCUGCAUCAGAGAGAAGGUGGGCGAGCAGAACCAGGUAGUGAUCGUGGACAUGUCCGACCCCACCAACCCGAUCAGGAGGCCGAUCUCAGCUGACAGCGCCAUCAUGAACCCCGCCAGCAAGGUCAUCGCCCUGAAAGGUACAGAUAUUUAUAUGAGCCACACAGCAACACUUUCAGGCAGCCACAGUAUAACACUAUCUGCUAACUGAGGAAUACUGUGUGACUGUGAGAAAAAAAGCCGUUUGCUGCUAUUAUUAGUGGCUUUAUACCAAAUGCUGAGGUUAUUAUUGUUGGUUUAAUUCCCAGAACGAACUCUGCAUGGCACAAACUGUUUAUUUGUCCUUAGUUUGAACAGAUUUAGCCAUCUCUAAAUUUGCUGUGGGAAUGCCACAGUCUUGCGAUGACUAAUGCUCGAGUCAAUGCUGUAAAUAUGCAGAGUGCACUCAGCCCUAUUGCCUGAAUGUACUUAAUUGGUUGUGCAGAUUGAUUUUAUGCCACUGAAUCUAGCCCUUAGAGCACAAACACAAGCACUGAUCAGGAUGAUUUGCUUAUAAUGCUUCUCUCCUACCUCCUCUCUCCUUCUUCCUCCCCUCCUGAGGAUUCAAUGCCCCUGUUUACCCCCUUCCUGUGGUCUAUCUUUGUCUCCUCAGUCUUACCUGAUUGACACUUUGCUUUUUCUCCCUUUUUUGCUUUCUGCCUUUUCUCAGACGGUGAGUUGCUUUCUGUAUGUCUACCUGUCUGGGGGAUCUGUUGUGAUGACACAGUAGCCAUGUCUCUCUCAUAAAAGCUUCCCACAUUGCCAUCUCAAGUAUGCAGCGCUGUUUUGACCACUGAUCAAUCUAAAGAUGGACAACUUUUAUGAAAUGACUUCUACUGACACGAUAUAUCCACACACACUCCUACUCCUCUAACCUGCUGGCACAUAACCUACUUUUAUGGGAACUAUACAUGUGUUAGCAUGACUUGUUGUGUGGUAUGUAACAUCAGAUAUCUCCCUCUGAAAAGAGCGUGUGCAGACAGCCGUAUCACAUCUUUUGCUGCAUAUAAAGGACACCAUUAUGACUAGUUUUUCUGGUGGUAGUUUCUCACAGCAGCUCCUAAAUUCACCUGCGCCGUUCAUUUCUUUCUGUGUUGCUUCAUUGGUUCAUGGAGGUUGUUGCAGGUCAGAUGCAGGACUGUUUAUAAUACUUUGAAGCGUCUCUGCAAAACAAACUUCAAGUUUUUAGCUACAGUCUGCUCUCUUUCCAGAGGUCAGCUGCACACAGGAAGUGUCAGCAGGUUAUUGUGUACCGAGUGAGGUUUCCCGUGUCCUCUGCUGGUAUGCAGGUUUUUAUUUGCUCAGGUUUUGAGGUAUUUGUGCCUGAGAUAUUCACCGGUUUCCUACUGAAGUAUUUUCGUGACAAGAAAAGCACUCUUUGAAUUUGAAUUUUUAAUGCAUCCGUCUUUUUUUUGUUGUUGCUAUGAAUCAUCAUGUUGCCACAGUUUUCUCCACAUGCAUUCAUUCUCACAGUGUAAAUAAAAAGUAGUCCUGUUUGAUUGAAGUGGAGCUCUGCUCAUGUCGGUCUGCGGGUUCCUCCAGCAGCUGUCAGUUUCCUCUCUCAAACACACUUGUCGAGAGCUGCAAGCUUUAGAGAGAAAACACCUUUCACUUACUGCUCAAAGCCAUGAGCUGGCGGCAGGAAUCUCAGAGACAGAUAUCUUCAACCUGAGAAAAUAAAAACCAAACCUGUGUGUGCAUCACUGUCACGGUAGACACAGCAUAAAUAAAGGUGGGUUUUCAGUUGUGAGUUCAAAGAAAACAGAUCAAAUUUAAAGAGGUUAGUUACACAUUUAGGUUUCUUUAAAUACAUUUGGUGAAUAUUCCCCUGUUUUGUGCAGCCGUUUGUUGCCAAGAUUUAUGAGCAGCCUUUGGGAGAGUAUCAAGUCAAAACAUCGCCAACAUCCGUGUAUUCAUUCAUGGUUUAAAUGUUGUUUUUGUUUGUGUUUUAAGUCAUUAUUUAUUCUUAUUUUCAGAAGAUUGAGACAAAAUAAGGUACUGUUUUCAUAUAACUGAAAAUCCUCUGGGAAUUAUUUAUCAGAGCUUACGAUAAACUGUAGGACAGACUUCAUAUUGUUGUAGAGGGACCAUACAGGUGAUAUUUAAGCAUUAUAUAUUAACUGGAACUGCAUUAGUACACCACAGUUUUACAUUUGAUGUUUUAGUUCAACUAUCUAGCUCUACUCUAAGUUUAUUGAAAGCUGUCUCUAUAACUACUGUGCUCAGUUAUCAAGUCCUCACUCUUCCUCUCUCUUCCUCUCCCCUCAGCCGCAAAGACGCUGCAGAUCUUCAACAUUGAGAUGAAGAGUAAGAUGAAGGCUCACACCAUGACAGAAGAGGUCAUGUUCUGGAAGUGGAUAUCGGUAAACACUGUCGCCUUGGUGACAGACACCGCCGUCUACCACUGGAGCAUGGAGGGAGACUCCCAGCCAACCAAAGUAUUCGACCGGCACGCCAGUCUGGCCGGAUGUCAGAUCAUCAACUACAGAACUGACGAACAACAGAAGUGGCUGCUGCUGAUCGGGAUCUCUGCACAGGUGUGGAAAGACAGGAGGUUGUUUACUUAGGAUGUAACUUCAAGGAGAGCUUUAUCUGAGAUUUUCUACCUCAAAAAAGUGGUAGAAAAAGUGGUAUCAAGCUGCUGUUUUGUGCCAGUUGAUGAUUUUAUUUGCUGAAAGAGGUUGCUGUUCAGGUGUUGCUUUUGGUUGCAUAGAAAGCCAAAAACAACACCUGAAAACGCAGGUGUGAUUUGCACUGAUUUUUUUUUCUAAUUUGUUUGAAUCGAGUCUCUAAAAGCAGCUUGUUUCCUGCACAGGAAGUCCCUCCAAUCCAAAUAUUUUGUGUAUAAUAUUUCAGUCAAGUGAAAUGAUUCAUGUUGUUUUUUUCUGAAAGAGAUAGUCCAAGAUUUGAACAUUAUUCUUAUUUACUUUAUCAAAAGAGAUCUUAGGGCUUUAGAAACUAGAAACCAGUUUCCUAUCAUCAUGGUAGAUAAGAAGCUGUGUCUGCAAAGGAGAUAUUUGACUUCUUUGCUGUUAAGAAUGGGAAUGGAGGUAAAUCAAACACAACCCCAAGUUAGCCAAGCCACCUUCAAAACAAAAGGUAUAAAAUGGAUUUAAGAGUGUACCCACGUAUGACUAGAUCAAUGAAUUUGUAUCAUGUAAACUUGUGAUUUUGUUGUAAAAACUGGCAUUUUAGCACAGAUCAUAAUGAGGUCUCCUUAAGGUUUUAGAGGGAGCAGUUUUUGCACCAAAGACUAUGGAGGGGCUCAGACUGCCAGGUCAUUGGUGCCCCUAGAAGACAAAUUUGAAGACAGAGUUUGUUCAAAGUAAAAGUCAGUUACUUAAAUGCCACUAUAUAACAUACUUAAUUUCUAAGAGCAAAAUAAUCUACUUUUCACUAUAUUAAAUUGUCAUAGCAGAUCAGAUUUAGUAGCAAGUUACGUUUUCCAAAAAGGUUUCUUACGAUUAUGAUAAUCUCCAGAGCUCCACCAAAAAGUCUAAAAAUGACUUUAACAAACUACAUUCAAAGCUUCCCAAAUAUGUUUGUUAUUGAUACAAACAAGAAAAGGAUAAUAAAAACCUUUUUUUCCCUCCACUAUUUCACUAUAAAAUAGACAAGUGCAGACAUUCAUCAAACUUCUUUACUUUCAAUUCACAGUUAUAUAUUUAGAUGGUGAACACUUGCAAAAACUUCAGUUUUUAACACAUUAGUUUAUCUUUUUAUAACAAAGGAUAUUGUUAUUUGUUAAAAUGGUAAUGAGAAUAAAUUGCAGAGUCUAGCAGCUUCUUAUCAAGCUGUUUCACUUUAAACAGCAAGCGAUAUGCUUUUCCUCAAAAUUCAGAGUAAUAAUAAUAUAAACCGAUAUAAACACUCUCAUACAAAAUGUAACAAUCAUACAAUACAAGUGAAUAUGAAUAUUUAAAAACCUGAGUGUUAAGAUCACAAAACUAUGAGGACACCAAAUGAUCAUCUUUCAGCUCUCUGUGAUCUGUGAGCCUUUGAUUAGUAUGUCAGUGCAAAGAUUAAAAUGGAUCAUAAUUUUGUGUUUUCAUCUUUUUGUCCUGCAGCAAAACCGUGUCGUUGGGGCGAUGCAGCUUUACUCUGUGGACAGGAAAGUGUCUCAGCCCAUCGAAGGCCACGCUGCUGCCUUUGGGGAGUUCAAAGUGGAGGGAAAUGCCAAACCUUCCACUCUCUUCUGCUUUGCUGUGCGCUCCCAGGCAGGGGGAAAGGUGAGCGGAUAUACAAAGGGGUAUCACUCUUGAUGUUUGGGCGGUGUCUUACUUUCUCAAAGAAGGUUAUGUUUAGGAGAAGUUCAGUGAAGAAAGUAACUCUGCUUCAUGCUUUACUGAUGUGAAGAAAGUCCGAGUUCAUUAAAGUGCCUGAGUGAUUUUAUGUCUCACAUUUGUUUACUUUGGUUCUCUUCCCAUCGUGGUCAUGUGGGCUUUCUCCUCCCAGUUGCACAUCAUUGAAGUUGGCCAGCCAGCUGCAGGAAACCAGCCGUUUGCAAAGAAAGCAGUGGAUGUGUUCUUCCCCCCUGAGGCGCAGACAGACUUUCCUGUUGCUAUGCAGGUGAGGAAGGACGUCUGAUGCUCAUUUAUGAGUUUUGGUUAAAAACGACUGACUUCUGAGGGUUUACAUUCUCUCUCUGAUCCUCUCUUCAGAUUGGUAAUAAGCAUGGUGUAAUAUAUCUGAUCACAAAGUACGGCUACAUUCACCUGUACGAUCUGGAGUCUGGAGUGUGCAUCUACAUGAACCGAAUCAGUGCAGAGACCAUCUUUGUCACGGCUCCUCAUGAAGCCACUUCAGGAAUUAUCGGGGUAAACAAGAAGGGGCAGGUGAGAAGCGACAGUGAGCCAAUCUUCUCAAAACUCAUAACUGGUCUGCUUAAGAUGAUUGUUUAAGGUUUCGGCUUUAUCUCACUCAUCUACAGAAGAGUUUUAACUCGUCAUUUUGUUCCGUCUAGGUCUUGUCGGUGUGUGUUGAAGAGGAAAACAUUGUCAACUACGCCACCAAUGUCCUGCAGAACCCUGAUUUAGCCUUGAGGAUGGCUGUGAGGUCUAACCUGGCUGGGGCGGAGGAGAUUUUUGCCAGAAAGUUCAACACACUGUUUUCCCAGGGAAGUUAUUCAGAGGCUGCAAAGGUUGCUGCAUCAGCACCCAAGGUACGUCUGUAUUUACUGAGUGUAUGCACACCCUAACACAUGCCCUGACUGUGUGGAGUAUGCCUCUACUUAUAAUACAUGAUUGAGAAUGAGUGAUAAAAAGUACAUUUUCCAAAAGUUCUAGGUUUUCAUUUAAUAAUUCUAACAGGAUUUGUAUUUAUGGUUAUGAUUAAGAUGAUGAAAAAUGAUUUAAAAGGAUCUAGUUGGAUCCUUUUUUCCCCCUGCAUACUGAUUAUUCCUCAAUUCUUCUCUGUUUUCCUCCCUUCAGGGUAUCCUGCGGACGGCAGAGACCAUCCGUAAGUUUCAGAGUGUCCCAGCUCAGCCAGGUCAGGCCUCUCCUCUGUUGCAGUAUUUUGGUAUCCUGCUGGACCAGGGCCAGCUCAACAAGUUUGAGUCUCUGGAGCUGUGCAGGCCGGUCCUACAGCAGGGCCGCAAACAGCUUCUGGAGAAAUGGUUAAAGGAGGACAAGGUAGGACCAGAUGGCUCAAGAUAAGAGCGAGAUACACUUGAUACUUGAAGUUUGAAACGUAAAAAUGAUGCUUGUUGUUAUUCUGUAUUUUUAUCUCCUAAAUGAUCUAAAAACCUCUGUCUGUGUUUGUGUGAAUCUGUUAAAGCUGGAGUGCUCAGAAGAGCUGGGUGACCUGGUGAAGUCUUCUGACCCGACCCUUGCCCUGAGUGUGUACCUCAGAGCUAACGUCCCCAACAAAGUCAUCCAGUGCUUCGCAGAGACAGGACAGUUUCAGAAGAUAGUUCUAUAUGCGAAAAAGGUAAUCACACUUUUCUGUUCCCUUAUUCAACAAUUCACUGCCACGCUAGAUAUUGUUAUACUCGCUCUAUCAAAUUGUUUUCCUCCAUUCUCUUAAAAACCCGCAGCUCAAUAACUCUUGAAGGAAAGUUUGUUGAAGUACCGAAAACGUUUAAGGCUACAGGAACAAUAACAAGUGUCCCCAAGGAGGACUGUGAAUCAUUAAAUCUGCCUCAGACUGCAUCAACAGACAAACAUUUCUGGACUUCAUAUAAGAAAAUAUGAUUCACAAUUUUUCUAGGCUUUGUGGAAAUUUAAAGGACUUGAGUUUGUUUGGCACAGGAGGUAACUCCAGAUGCCAUUAAAAUCCGUUACAGCUCAAGUGAAAACUGGAUUUUUGUUUGACUGGUCUUUCUCAGGUGGGCUACACUCCAGACUGGGUGUUUUUGCUCAGAAAUGUAAUGAGGGUCAAUCCAGACCAGGGACUCCAGUUUGCCCAGAUGCUGGUCCAGGAUGAGGAGCCGCUGGCCAACAUCAACCAGGUAAACACACCAACACUAGCGCCCCACCCUCUAGAGACCCACUAUGUUACUUUAGCACAUGACCUCCUUGUAAAAAAAAACAUCAGACAUGCACGCAAACACACAACUACCCGGUGCAGGAGCUUCCAUCUGUGUUAUUCCAGAUGUGCCAACAAUGCCAGGAAUUCACCCAGUCAGUGACCCCCUCCUCCUUUUAGAGCCACAUCAUCACUCUCCCUUUAGGUCAAAGCCUACUCAUAUUAUGUGGAAAAUGAAAAGCAGACACAUCUGCAUACCGGGGCCGGUUAUAGUGCGUGACUCUAAUCCCACUUUGCAUGCUAACCCAGAUUAUUGUGCACAUAUGGAAGAAAUUCAGAGAUUCAAAAUAAUUUCUUCUUAUUGUUCCUUCUCUUUUGUAGAUUGUGGAUGUUUUCAUGGAGGGCAGCCUGAUCCAACAGUGCACAUCCUUCCUAUUAGAUGCUCUUAAGAACAACCGUCCAGCUGAAGGACACCUACAGACACGUCUGCUCGAGAUGAACCUCAUCCAUGCCCCUCAGGUGAGCUUUCACACUAUCCUUACUCUCCUGUUACCAGACUGCGUCUUCGGAUUUGUUGAUUUUUCUCUUGUGUGUUUAUAUGUGUGUGUGAACUUUUUAGGUAGCAGAUGCCAUCCUGGGGAACCAGAUGUUCACACACUAUGAUCGCGCACACGUUGCUCAGCUGUGUGAGAAAGCGGGACUGCUGCAGAGAGCUCUUGAACACUACACUGACCUUUACGAUAUCAAACGAGCCGUAGUGCACACACAUCUGCUCAAUCCAGAGGUACGUCAUUGAAUUAUUGGUCAUUCCUGUAAGUGCUGCCUCAUGGGAGCAACCACCUUCCGCUCUUUGUUCCUUUAACCGUACCUCUUCUUCCUUUUCUUGCCCUGCUUAUUCUGUCCUUCCUCUGUAAUUCCUCUCUUCUUAGUGGUUGGUGAACUUCUUUGGCUCUUUAUCAGUCGAAGAUUCAUUGGAGUGUCUAAGAGCCAUGUUGUCAGCCAACAUCAGGCAGAACCUGCAGCUGUGCGUCCAGGUAGCGUCAAAGUAUCAUGAGCAGCUGGGGACUCAGUCGUUAGUGGAGCUUUUUGAGUCCUUCAAGAGUUAUGAAGGUAGAUGUCACACAACAAAGACUCAAAGAGAGUGUGUUCAAUGAGAUGUGAUCUCAGUUUUCUGGAGCCUUUAAGAGAUUGUAGAUGGAGCUGAACUUUGUGUUGUUUCUGUCCUGCCUUCUCUAUCCAAGGUUUGUUCUACUUCCUUGGGUCGAUCGUGAAUUUCAGCCAAGAGCCAGAUGUCCACUUUAAGUACAUCCAGGCGGCCUGUAAAACAGGUCAAAUCAAAGAGGUGGAGAGGAUCUGUAGAGAAAGCAACUGUUACGACCCAGAGAGAGUUAAAAACUUCCUCAAGGUAAAAAACAAGAAAAUCCAACAUGGAGAAGUGUUUACUCAGCAACAAUUAGUGUCAUACUUUAUCAUCUAAUAUAUACAGUUAAAUGAGAAGUGAAUCUUGUGCUUUUCUUUGUAGGAGGCUAAACUAACAGACCAGCUUCCUCUCAUCAUCGUGUGUGACCGCUUUGACUUCGUCCAUGACCUGGUGCUCUACCUCUACCGCAACAAUUUGCAGAAAUACAUAGAAAUCUAUGUACAAAAAGUAAGAUUUAGAUUUUUUCUGGGGUGUCUGUCCAUCACUUUAAUCAAAGUCACUUUUGAUUUGAGCCGAGUGUUGACAUAUUUACCGGUUCUCUGUUGAACAGGUGAAUCCCAGUCGUCUACCUGUGGUGAUUGGAGGUCUGUUAGAUGUAGACUGCUCUGAGGACGUCAUCAAGAACCUCAUCAUGGUGGUCCGAGGGCAGUUUUCUACUGAUGAGCUGGUGGAGGAGGUAGAGAAGAGAAACAGGUGAGACAGAAUGAUGACUGGCUCUUUUCAUCCUCUCUGGCUUUCCUGAAUGUUUGAUGGGAUGAAACGUCUGUUUCUCUCUCCUGCAUCAAACUGAUUUUGUGUCUCUGUGUGGUUGCUGCCGAACCUCUUUGAACGUUUUUACUGCAGAACUUUUUGUUGUUUGCUUUGAGCUACUUUAUAAUGAAUAGUGACUUGGAAGUAUUCCCCUCUUUCUGUACAGACAUAAAUCUUGAGAGGAUCUGUAAAAAUAAAUAAUAAUAAUAAAAAAAGUUACUUUGAAAUGCUUGAAUUGUUUGAACCUUGCUUGCAGGAUUAUAAACAUGAGGAAUAAUUUCUUAUGAUUUUAUAACAUUAACAUCACUUAUAGAUAGAAAGUGACAGAGAUUAAUGUGUAAAUAAAUAAAACCAGGGGAAAUAUUCAAUGUUUCUUUUACACUUCAGUCUCUCAUAAAUUAAAGAGAAACUUUUUUGGUUAACCUGACGUUAAAAUUCCUCAAGUUUACUCCUAGUAUUAUCAAGUAUGUGUGAAGCACAUAUACUUAUGAAUGCUCACAUGCUCUUGUGCUGAGCGCACAACACUGCCAUCUAGUGUUCAGACUGUGCAUUACGCCUCAGAGAAAAUACAAGCGUUUAUAAACUGGGUUGUCUUUCAAAGGUUAAGCUGGCAUUUUAUAGCACUCCUACCCUCUCAGGUUAAAGCUCCUGUUGCCAUGGCUGGAGUCCCGAAUCCACGAGGGAUGCGAAGAGCCAGCCACCCACAAUGCCCUGGCCAAGAUCUACAUCGACAGCAACAACACCCCUGAGCGCUUCCUGAAGGAGAACCCGUUCUACGACAGCGCUGUGGUGGGAAAAUACUGUGAAAAGAGAGACCCCCAUCUGGCCUGUGUGGCUUAUGAGAGAGGACAGUGUGACCUGGAGCUCAUCAAAGUGAGUACACCACAGUAAGAGGCAUUUAGACAAGCAUCUUUCUCAUAUACCGUACAUACAUCUGUAAUAAGUUUAUAUCAUCUCUUCUUAGGUUUGCAAUGAGAACUCGCUGUUCAAGAGUGAGGCUCGAUAUCUGGUACGACGGAAAGAUCCAGAGCUUUGGGCAAAUGUGUUGGAAGAAAGUAACCCCUACAAAAGACAGCUCAUCGACCAGGUCAGGUUCCAUCUAACCUCUGUUUACAUAUUUAAGACAAUAAUCCGUUGGCAGCUUUAAGUAGAAAUCUGAAUGCAACUGAAGGUAACGAUUAAUUUCUACGGCUAUGGCAUGUAUCGCCGUAUAAUAGCUGAUGGGUGGCUCAAUGUUUUUCUCCCUUCGUUGUCUCAUUUCAGGUGGUGCAGACUGCUCUGCCAGAGACUCAGGAUCCAGAGGAGGUGUCGGUCUCAGUCAAAGCCUUCAUGACUGCAGACCUGCCCAAUGAGCUGAUUGAGCUGCUCGAGAAGAUUGUACUUGAUAACUCGGUCUUCAGCGAGCACAGGUACAGCAGAAUUCAGCACUUUGUUUGGGAUUAUGAAAUACGUAAAGAACAAUAUAUAGUCACACGGUGGUUAUGAGCAUCAGAAUCCUGAUAAGAGCUGCAGAAAACCAAUGCAAAGAGGAAGGGUCUUUACCAAUGGCUCAAACAUCUGUGGUCUGUUGAUCUGGGCCCAACUAUUCAGGGGAGGCCAUGACAGAAAAUCCAUUGCAGCCAGUUCUACCAGGAAAAAUGCAACUUAGUAUCUGUGACACCAGACAAUCUAUAAACGAAUGAUUUCAACAAUCCUUAGUGACUAGAUUUUGUGUUUAUUAUUAAAAUCACUCUUGAAACUGGUGUAAACUGAAAGUUUCAGUGAAGUGGAUUUAAUAUGCAUCUUUUCUAAAUUUAUAUUAUAUGGAAAAAUCACCCAUGUGGAUGUUUUUUUUCUUAAAAGCCACGUAAGAAGUGCUUUUGUGGACGAGCUCUUUUGUUCACCCAAUGACCUUUUGAAAGUACAAAGUGGCACCAAAGAGAGAAGAAGAAACAACAGGAUGAGGGAGACACUAAAACUGAUAAAAUCAUAUUUAAGAGGCAGCAUGGAGCAGGAGAGACCUGGCGGACUGGCAAUAACUGUCAAAAGAGAACAGCCGAGCCAGAACUAUGAGCCUAAAAAGACUGUCCCAGACUGUCCUGGGCGCCAGGCCACCAGAUAAGAUAAUAAAAGAUGAAAACAGGUUUGUCUUUGUCAUGGAGUGAGAUGGAAAUGAAAUUCACUACAACGAAUUGUUGCAUCUCAAAUGUUGGGAGAUGUGUGCCCAGACUGUGUCUCUGAUAAAAUCUGUCUGCCAAGCCCUUAAUGAGAAAAGUUAAAGUCUGGAUGAAAUGGUAUCGGGGCCGUUAACAUGAUUUCAAGUUUGUAUUACUUAUGUUUUUGUUAUGUAUAUGAAGAGCUGUUUGUACAAAGCCAUUUUGGAUGUUUAUAGUUUAUUUAAUAGAAAUCAGGUGGCCAAAACUUUUUUUAAGGAGUGGUUUGAAUACAAAGUAUUUUUAAAAGCAAAUACUUAAGUAUUGUGGCUCAAGUAAGGAUUUAGCUGUCACUAGAGUAAUGUGACCAAGUGGAUUUACCUUGGCUAAAAAAUAAUGAAGUGUUCUUUGUAAACUGCAACUUAUUACAUAGCAAUAAAAAAGGCAUAAUUAAAUGACAAAAAAUUUGAUUUUAAUAAGAUUCAUUAGCCAUAAUAUUGUCACUCGUUUCCAUGGCAACAGAUUUGGUGGUGUCUCCUUGCAGGAUGAAUAUUUUCAUUGAAUGUUGCUACAGAAAAAGUGACCGACUUUUGCGUGGAGUACUUGUUGACAUUUCCUCCUCCAGCUUUUUUCCACUUGAAACUUUUGUUUUUCGCGGACAUUAAAAAAAAAAUAAAGCUAAUGUCACAACGUCAAAACCGUAAGCUUACUUUCUUCGUUGCCGUUAAUGACAGUGAUACGUAACAGUGUUGCCAUUUUCUGGGUGACAGGGUUUCGCUAAACUUUGGGGGCCCAGUAGCUCCUCAGGCAGCUUUAAUGUCUGUAGCUGUUAAAUGCCGCCAUUUCUGACAUUCUUGCCCCCAGUGUUUAUCAAAAUACAACGGGCAUGUUUUGGACUAAGUGGCAACAGGCAGAGUGUUAAAGCACUGGACUCCUUUUGGCAGAGUUAUUUAGAUGUGUGGCGCCUUAGCUAUUGUGAACUAUUAGACACUGUUAUGGGUUUUGGGCCGAACAACAUCAAAUAUUUAACAACACUGGGCAGUUAUUAAGACUGUGUUAUAAUGAGAUGUUAAAAUGUCUGUUUUUUUUUUAAGUAAUCCCUUGGCUCUCUGUGUUUUCUAUAGAAACCUCCAGAACCUGCUCAUUUUGACGGCCAUCAAGGCAGACCGCACACGUGUGAUGGAGUACAUCAACAGAUUAGAUAACUACGACGCUCCUGAUAUCGCUAAUAUCGCCAUCAGCAAUGAGCUCUUUGAAGAAGCUUUCGCCAUAUUCAAAAAGUUUGAUGUCAACACAUCAGCCAUACAGGUAAAAUAAAAAAUGACUGUUGAAGCUGCACAUAUACUCUUCUUUUAGAGAUAAGUUUCAAGAUUUUUACUAGCCUGAAAGACAAGGCAUUUAAAAGUAUUUCAGAAAAAGCAAGUUUAUUUGCUGAGCACCUUUGUCAUACAUAUGUGCGAGUAGCUUUUCCUAAAUUAGUCUUCUUAAUGUUUGAAAUGUAUAAUCAUGUAAGAUAAAAUGUUGUUACCUUUCUUCUUUAGGUAUUGAUUGAGCACAUAGGGAACCUGGACCGUGCUUAUGAGUUUGCAGAGCGCUGCAACGAACCUGCAGUGUGGAGCCAGUUGGCCAGAGCUCAGCUGCAGAGAGACCUGGUGAAGGAGGCCAUCGACUCCUACAUCAAAGCUGUUGACCCCUCAGCGUACAUGGAGGUGGUCAACGCAGCCAGCAAGAACAGUAAAUCUUUUGCUUGUUGUAUAACCACGGAUUUCUGUCUGUUGUGGUUUAUUGAGUUGAUAGCAUUGGUGUUUUUUGUGUUUUGUAGAUAACUGGGAAGACUUAGUGAAAUUCCUUCAGAUGGCUCGAAAGAAAGCAAGAGAGUCGUAUGUAGAGACAGAGCUGAUCUUCGCUUUAGCUAAAACGAAUCGUCUGGCUGAGCUGGAGGAGUUUGUCAGUGGGCCCAACAACGCUCACAUUCAGCAGGUAAGAGUUCGAAACAGUUGAUGCUGCUGCAGACUGUGCAAGUCCACCUACAUGCUGAACCCUGCGUCUCUUUCAUUCCCCCAGGUGGGAGAUAGAUGUUACGAGGAGGGAAUGUAUGAAGCCGCAAAGCUCUUGUACAACAAUGUGUCCAACUUUGCACGCCUGGCAUCAACACUUGUCCACCUGGGAGAGUACCAGGCAGCUGUGGACAGUGCCAGGAAAGCAAACAGCACACGGACAUGGAAGGAGGUAGAUACCACACUAACAAGUUCAGCUGCUUGUCUGAGCCACCUUGUCUUAAAAUUGAACAUCUAUCCUAAUGUUACCUUUCCCUCUUUCCUUGUCAGGUGUGUUUUGCAUGUGUGGAUGGGGAAGAGUUCCGGCUGGCACAAAUCUGUGGCCUUCACAUAGUGAUCCACGCGGACGAGCUGGAGGACCUGAUCAGCUACUAUCAGGAUCGCGGGUACUUUGAGGAGCUGAUCGCUCUGCUGGAGGCUGCUCUAGGCCUGGAGCGUGCUCACAUGGGGAUGUUCACCGAGCUUGCCAUCCUCUACUCGAAAUUCAAACCUCAGAAGAUGAGGGAGCACCUGGAGCUCUUCUGGUCCAGAGUCAACAUCCCAAAGGUAGACAACCCUGUACCCUUUUUUUGUGACUGUGCUUCAAAACUGUUGGUUUUCUGUAAAAUAUCAAAAAGCUCAUCACAUGAGGAGACUGCCUGUGUGAUGUGAACUCCUUAGAUUCAGAUUCACUCCACAGGGAUUUCUGCUUCUUUUCAGCACUAUGAUGAGAAAGUCAUUCUUUGUGUUGUAGAUCCCUCGAGCUGGGUUUUUCCUUGUGUGUUUUAAAGGAAACUGCCAUGUUACAUUUCUAUUAUGAUCUGAUAUUAUUUUUCUUUUAUUGGCUGGUAAAAUUUGUCAUCAUUAAGGUGUUUUUUUCACUGUGAGUAUCUUGAGUCCUUCAUGCCUUGUUGACAGGGUUUUUGGAUACUUGUUGCUCUGAAGUAGUACUUAAGAAAGUGCUCAUACGUCUCUUUGAAAAAGAUAGAUUUGUAUUAAAAUAGAGGGUUUGUCCAACCUCGAUAGACCUCUUGCAUUUCAACAACUCUUUGAAAAUGGAGAAUAGUGUUAGUAUAUAAAAAAAAAAUGUCAAGAUUCGCCCAAAUUUGAGUCCAGAAUGAAAUCAAAUUAAGCUUUAUGAAUCAUUAAUGACGUCUUGAAAACCGCUCAACUUUGGCUUUAUUUUCUGUUUUUUUUUUUUCUGUUUCUAGGUCCUCCGUGCAGCAGAGCAGUCUCAUCUAUGGGCUGAACUGGUUUUCCUUUACGAUAAGUACGAGGAGUACGACAAUGCUGUCCUCACAAUGAUGUCUCACCCAACAGAUGCAUGGAAAGAAGGGCUGUUCAAAGAUAUCAUCGCUAAGGUAAGUAUCUCUAAAUAAACUUCUAUGGUCCUUCUUAACAUCUUUACUUUUUGUCAUCAUUUUGUGUGUCUUUCUUCGUGGUUCCUCAGGUUGCUAAUGUGGAGCUGUACUAUAAAUCCCUUUCCUUUUACCUGGACUUCAAACCUCUGUUACUGAACGACCUGCUGACCAUUCUGUCUCCACGUCUGGACCACAGCCGAGCUGUCACCUAUUUCAGCAAGGUAACCAGAGAUGAGUUUAAGUCUUGAUGACCAACGUUUACAGUCAGAAAUCAGUGCCAAACCCAGGUCACAUGACACUUGUCACUUGUAUUUAUUUCCUUGACCAGGUGGACCAGCUGAAGUUAGUCAAGCCUUACCUGAGGUCUGUCCAGAAUCACAACAACAAGUCGGUUAAUGAAGCUCUCAACAACCUGCUGACAGAAGAGGAAGACUACCAGGUCUGUGUGGCAUUUUACUGCUGAUACAAAGAGGUUAAAACAACACGGAUACUUCAUGGUUUGCACAUUAUUCUCACGGAUUUACUUUUGCAAACUGCCGUGACUAAGAUUUGUGUUUAUGUAUGACAAUCCUAAUUCUUACCUGCUGUAAAAGCCAUGAUUUAUUUCUCACAGCAGCAGUAAGUAUACAGUACACUAAAUUUUGAUAGCCACUAGGGGGCACUGCUGGGAAAAGUAAGAGGACACCAGCUGGAUUAGGUAAUGUUUGUCUCACUUUCUGGUCAAUGAUGACACAAUUUUCCUCUCUAUGUAUUAUCCACAGGGCCUGAGAGCGUCCAUCGAUGCCUAUGAUAACUUUGACACCAUUGGCCUGGCUCAGAGGUUAGAGAAACACGAACUGAUCGAGUUCAGACGUAUCGCUGCUUACCUGUACAAAGGUAACAAUCGCUGGAGACAGAGUGUAGAGCUCUGCAAGAAGGACAAACUGUACAAGGUGAGGAAAAAAAUCCUAUAAUCACCACAUUUUAAAGAGACAAGAAGUCACAUGUACCUCACUUCUCCCAUAGAUGGCACUGUUUGAUUGUUUGUGAAGAAAACUUCCUAUAAUUGCAUGAAGGCCGUCAUGUUUACUUUUAUAAGUUUGUCAAAUACUCUGUACAUCUGUUUUACCCAGGAUGCCAUGCUGUAUGCAGCAGAGUCCAAGGAUGCAGAGCUGGCGGAGACUCUGCUGCAGUGGUUCCUGGAGGAGGGCAGGAAGGAGUGCUUCGCUGCCUGUUUGUUUGCCUCCUAUGACCUGCUGCACCCUGAUGUGGUGCUGGAGCUGGCCUGGAGGCACAACAUCAUGGACUUUGCCAUGCCGUACUUCAUCCAGGUCAUGAGGGAGUAUCUCUCAAAGGUGAGUUCUCAUCAGCAGUAAAGCGCCAUGUAGAGCCUAUAUGCUUACUGUUUUAUUUUCAGCUUUAGGGUUUUAGUAAGUUUCAGUCUGUUCAUUCAGAAGGAUUUUUUAACUCCUGUGUUUUAAAUGCACUAAAAUUGAUUCAUUUUUCUUAGAUGAAUUUCCUGUAGACACUUUUCCUGACAGGUGAAUGGUGGACAAUAGUCUGUGAUAUCUCUGGAGGUACUGUAAAAGCAGGUCAUAAUGAUGUUCUGAGGCAAGAAUGUAGAGAAAUCAGCUUUGUACACUAACGUUAGUAAAGUAUGAACUCCCUCUGGUAAUCCCCAUGUCCUUAAAUAUCGACCUGUAGACAUGUGAGGUCACUCUGGGUCAUGUCUUUGGGUUUUUUCCAGGUUGAUGAGUUUGCUGCGAAGGUGACGGUCUCUGGCCCUCUUUUAUUCCUUCUUUGUGUUCUGUCUGUUUUUUGUUGUAACUUAUCUCUUAGGUUUCUGAUGUAGGAACCUAGCAUGGACUGUAGACUGAGUACGGCCUAACUAGCACUGGUCCUGGAGAGCUGUAGUGUGUCUAUGUGUGUCUAUGUGUGUGCAGGCUUUUGUUCCACUUAUGCAUCAACACAACAUCAUUACAAAGAUGGUAUUAUGGUUUGUCUUCUUUUACAAACAAAUACAAAGUUAAUUAAGUGAAAAUCUUGUAUGUUGGCCAAGUUUUCAACUAUGAGAAACGUGUUUGAGUAAUUUCGGGAAGACUCUGCAAGCUGCUUUGAACAGUUUGAGCAAAAAGUCACACGAGAACUAAGAGAGAUCUAUACAAGAAUUCCUCAAAUCCUGACAUCAUCAGGUGAAUCUCCCUAAAAGGGCGUAAAAAUAAAUGAAGCGCUUAUCGUUUUGUGUUGCGGCAGAAUUUUGUCCCUUUUAACUUUCUCAAAUCAGAUUUAGGGUCCUAAACUUACAGCAGUAUUUAAUAAUUUGAUAUUUCAAAUGAAGAUGCACUGGUUAAAUCAAUGGCAAAAUUUAUAGUGCGGCAACAGUGGAAGAGGGUUCUUGAGUAGUUUAAAAUGCCUUUACGAGACAGUGGCUGAUACGAAGCGUUCCAGACAGAGGCUUUAUUGAGGGUUUCAAAGACAUAAAUCUGAGUUAAGUAUUUUUUUAAGCUUUUAAAUGUACAAAGAGGACAUAAUAAUAAAGCCUGUAAAUGAGCUUAAUACAGCUGCGUUAGCUACAUUGUCAGUGGGAUUAUAGUAAGCUGUUUUGACAUGAUCCUCCUGGGGAAUGUCAUUGUCUCUGUGAUGGGUUGGUUGUUUUGAAGUUUCAAAGUGGAAGCAAACACUAAUACACUGACAGACACAAAAUAGUGAUAGUCUCUCAGUCGUUGGUUUCAAAACAUUGAAACAGUUUCCUCCUUAAUCUGCUGUAACCUCAUUUAUUUUGCAGUGUUUUCUAUUACACCGAUAUAAGUAGAAUUUCUAAAAUAUUUGCAACACUCGAUGCAAAUACAUCCACUCUACAUUAGCGAUGAAAACAAAAGUUGGCUUCUUUGAGUGUUUAUAAUGUCUUGAUGAGCACAAGUUGAACAGAUUUUCUCUGUCAUCCAGCUCCAGGAAGUAUAAUGUUGUCCAAAACAGGAGUCCUACCACUACACAAUAUUGCUGUGUUGAUGGGUGAAGCCAAAGCCUGUGCACAGUCUUGUUCUUCAGGACCAGGAUCAGUCUUUUUUGGUCUAACAGAUACCUCUCACCCUCUAACUCCUCUCUUGUGGGGCUGCAUCUGGUGUUCAGUAGUGUUUCUAAAAUCCCCAACAACCUUGAUUGUGAUGUUUUUGUUCAAUGCUUCAUGAGAAAAAGGGGUUCAUUUUUAGAAGUAGCUCAAGCUCUCUUAAGACCAGCAAUGAAUUCAGGUGUGGAGAGUGAGCUGCUCCAGACUUGUUAGAUGCAUCCCCAUGUUCCUAACUCCAGGUUAACCUGUUUUAUCCUCAAUGUUAACUGUUUUUUAAGUUCAGGGCUACAAAACAAUAACUUCAGGGGUUUUUAGUUCUGCUUUCUGUUAUUCCCAUUAAUCACUGGUCAGACUGGUAGCAAAGAUAUUAAAACGUUUUUAAAUACCAGUCAAGAGGACCAAUAUUUUUUACUUCAACAACAGGUGGCAUGUCCUAUUUUCCCUUUCAUUUAAGGACAUGUUCAUCAUGAAUCACUGACCUGUAGACUUUCCUUUAUUUCAAGUGUCAGAUUAUUUUCCAGUUGGCGCUUUUUAAUCUUUUCAUUUUUUAUUUGAUUAUUUCUAUUACCUUUUUAAAUUUCUGAAUUGACAGAAAUGCAACAUUUUUCUAUUCUUCUUGAUUUGAGUUUAACUACUGUUUAAACUCAGUUACUCAUAAAUCAGAUACAUGCUAACCAGUUCUUUGCACAGCUAAAGUCUGAUUAUGUUUUAUCAUUUGGUCAGUACGGUGCAUAGGCAUUAUGACCAUCUCACUACCACUAAUAUGGCCGGUGAGAAUAAGAUGACCUGUGAGCUUUUAAAAGAACCAAGUUUAGGUCCAGAAGAAUUAAACACACUGAAUAGACAUCCAUAAGGAGGAGCUGCUUACAGCCAUGAAUGUGAUGCAUGAGGUCGCUCUGAUUGUCACUUAAUGAUGAGACUGUUGACUGUGAAUGGCUGCAGAUGUAGCAUCAGCGUACAGGCAUGUGUAGCUUUUUUCACUUAAUACACAAUAUAAUGUUUCUUUAACCUUGUACCCCCCUAUAGCUCUACUUCUAAAGGGUCAGUUCACACAAAUCACAGAAAUAAGAAUGUACUCCCUCGGUGAUAACUAACCGUUAUGUAGCUAAGGUGGUCUUCAUCACAUUGAUGCCAAUCCAGUUUUAUUCUGGUGCUCAAAACAUUCAAAACAGAGAAGUAAAAGCAGUGCUUUACAAAUACAUUAUUACUAUCAUUAUUACAUAUGUAAGAAACAGUAUUGAAUUGAACUGUGAAAAGUUAGUUUUGUUUAUGCAGUAAGAAAAAAAAAACAUAAACUUGAUAUAAAUUUUUAGUGCUUUGAGCAGCAUGAACAACAUUUCUGACUGUUUAACUCUCCAAAUGAGUCUCAGCUGCAAUUAUCUGCAUGGUUGGGUAUCACAUGGGGUUAAUUGGUAUUUUAUUUGCGAUUUGGAUGAAUUGACCCUUUAAUUGUUGACUUAACAUUUGUUCUGGAGGCUGUCAUAGAAAUUCUCACCAAACUUGCAUGGCAUCUUCUCUGAGGUAAACUUAGUUGCACUGAGAAGUACUGUCUGUAGUUUUAUCUUUGGAAGUGGGUAUGGUAAAAAAAAAAUCAGAGUUAGUAAGUCACAUUUGGUUGUAUUUAUUUCAACAUUAGUAAAAACUUAAAUGUAGUGAAGUAACUGAAGCAUAAGACUUAGUUGUAGUUGAUCAAAUGAAGAUUUGUCAUGUAAGUAGAUUGGUCACAACUGUGAUCACUGCUCCAUUCAGCAAAAGUCUGUCUUUCAUGAAAUAUUUGAAACAAACAGCUGACAUAUUUUUAUAUCCAUGUGGUUGUUCUGGUUUUGUAGAGUAGUAUUUCAACAGUAAACAAAGUGAAAAGAUCCUGCAGGUUAACAACAAUGUGUAAAAUCAGACUUUUCUUCAUUGAUUGGUAUCUGAUUGCCUCUUUUCUUUUUCUGUAUUGCCCUCAGGUGGACAAGCUUGAAGAGGCAGAAAGCCAAAGGAAAACUGAAGAGGAGGUGACGGAGCCUCAGCCAAUGGUGUUUGGUAGGUUUGCAGUCAGAACAUCACCCUGAGGGACUGACGGCUGAUGCUCUUAAACGGGAGAAAAUUAUCUCCUGCUGUGAAAACAGCAGGAUGAAAGCUGCAGUCUGUUUUUCAGUCUGUGUCCAGCUGUCCAAUGGACCCAGCUGAAAAAGGGCAGUUUAGGUUUAAAACUCUGUCAAUAUGUUCUGAUUGGAUGAAAUAAAUGAUGUUUAAGCGUUAACUGAGAAAUGAGGCACACAGUUAGGUCUGUCUCUCUAAUGUGGUCAAAUGUGCAAUUUUGGGGGUGGAUUCAUCAAGUCAUUGAUACUGCUUUUGUGUUCCCAAGGCAAAACAAGGCAGACAGAGUUACUUAAGAUGCAGUUUUAUUCAGGUGGUGGCUUUGUCUCAAUGUUCUCCUUAAGGAUGAAAUAACAUUAACGUUGAUAUGCAUAGCUCUUUUUGCAAGCAUUUUUCAACGGUAGAGAAAUGAUGGUAACUUUACUGCUUAGUUUUCAAAAAAGGAAUGGAUACAAUGGACCUGUCUGUGUUGAUUUAUCAUGAAACCUGUGGCAACUGUGUUAUUCAUCCUCUGAUUAUUCACUAUAUAAGUACAGUUUUGGCACCAAGUUAUGACAAACUCUGAUGACGCCUUGUGCCCAAAAAAGAUGUGGUUCACAUCUUCUAAGGGUCUUUUUUUUUUACCAUUUAGAUUCUUUUAUUUUGAAAGGGCAGUCCAAGAAUUGUGGGAAGUAGAGAGAUGAGGAUAGGUUAUGGUGGUCGGACCAGCUAAAGGACUAUAGCCUCUGCACAUGGGGCUCGUGUGUAAACCACUGGGCCACAAACAUUUGAGCACUUUCUUGACACAGAUGUAGACAUUUUUUCUCACUUGUGUAACCUUUUGUUUUUUUUUGUUUUUUUUUAUUAGGCCAGCAGCUGAUGUUGACAGCCUCUGCAGCCCCAGUGGCUCCACAACCAGCGUAUCCAGGUUAUGGAUACCCAGCUGCAGCAGCAGCAGGUUACCCUGCUCAGCCUGCAGCAGCCCCCGUCGGUUACCCGACACAGCCUGUCGCUGCUGCAGGCUUCCCUGCUCAACCUGCCGCGUACGGCUUCAACAUGUAGAGACCUGAUCCUUCUUCUACCACUUUUAUCUCCUGUUACUCCUACACACACUCACACAUCUUCAACUUGAACCACACCUGAACUCUGCUGCUCUUGGUCUCAGUUUACCGACUGAUGGUGACUGGGCCUUUGCUCCCUACAAGACUCCAACUGAAUUCACCAACACUGCAAUAGAAAAACCUCCACCUCCGCUUUUUCAGACACACACUUUGGGACAGCAUCAAGGCUGUUGGACCCUCCCUCUUCUCCUCCCUUUUCCUCUUGGACGUUACAACUGCAUCACCAAUCUACACAGCAUGAAGUCGCCUCUCAGCUCCUAGAGGAAUAAAACAAACUGAAUAUAAUAUUAGUGACACCAAACCACUCUGUCCUGUUCUAGCUGUUCCAUGUAGACUUUAUUCACCAUAGAGCAGCCUCUUUUCUUUACAUUUUCUUUCCAUAGAGAUUCAGCACUGAUGAGAAGGAGACUUUGAUACUGAGGGGUCACGGGGCAUUUUUGUGCCCCUCUGACCCCUCAAGCACUGCUACGGCCUUACACACUCUGAGGAGGAGGCAAAAAAACGGGCUCAUUUGUUCAUGUUACUUUCACACCUGUCUCACAUUCUGAGUAGAGAGACAGGUACAGUGCAAUAGUUCUGUUUGUCCUCUCACUACAGGUACAAAGUGUUUGCUGUACACGGACUAAGAACACUUGUUUAUGAGGUUACGGUACUGUCUGUGUAUGUGUGUGAGUGUGUGUGUGCGUGUGCGUAGCCUCUAAAGCCUUCAAGGGAUUCGUCACCAAACAAAAAGACACUCAAUGAAAUGUCCACUCCAUUGCAGCCGCAAAACUGACGGGACUCUGAUUCAGGACUUCAGGAUGUUAGUGAAAACAAACAAAAAGGAAUACAGGAGGUCGAAUAGUAAAAAAAAAACGCUAUAUGCUGUAGUCUGUGCAUGUGCUGCCAAACUAUAAAGCUGCAACCAGGAGCACAAUUUCCAUGUUACACUCAAGUAUAUCAAGUAUUACUAAUGUUGUGUCAAAAACAAAGUGAUGUUUGAUGAAACUCUCUCACCUGACUAACAGAAAAACUCCAACAGACUUGAGGGAUGGAAAAAACAGGGGGACAUCCUGAUGGUUCAACAAAUAAAAACAUUAUUGUACUGAAACCUGUAUAAUUUAAAAUAUAUUGAAAUACCUAACUAAUCGAAGAAGUCAAAUAUGGAAUACCGUAUGUAUUGUCUAUAGUGUGUUGUUGUAGUCUAAAAAAAGCAUAAUGAUUUUUGUAAGAAAAAGAACAAAAUGCAAAAACAGCAGGUGAAUAAACAGCCAAGUCUUGAGGCAAAGCUGCUGGAAGUGCUGAUGGUUUGAGUGGGUUGUUUCCUUCCUGAGGUUUCCAGUGUAAAGACCUUGUAUAAUACUCUGUCCCAUCUCUGGAAGCUAAAGGCAAAAAAAUCCCUGAGCUACACAGGAAGCACUCGCUUUAUCUGCACAAGUCAUGAAUUCAGAAAGAGGAAUAAAGUUUACACACAGUGG